AGUUGCAUUUUACGUCGCCGUGGCUUUGUUGCUAUCACAGCUGGCUUUAAUUUCGAUGCAACAAAAUGAAAACUGUUAAGAGAACAGUUAUAGCAACAGAUAAUGUGGAACAGACUAAGGGAAGGUACGAUCCAAUAUUUAAAUGUACGAACGUGUCGUAUCUACCGGAUCAGAUACCUGAGGAAAUCAUCAUAAACAUCUUCAGCUUUCUACAAAUCAAAGACCUGAUUCGACUCGCGGCAGUAUGUAAGUACUGGCGAAAUUUGAUCCACGGCAACCCGAACUUUUGGCGAAAUAUUCCCCUGAAGCUGUCAUGUAGUCUGAAUUCACCACACAACGAUGCAGCCAAUCGGUUAGCCACACAAUUCGGUAGACAUUUCCGGGUACUGGAAAUAAUCUGCGACCACCCUAGAAACCAUUUACACUGCAAAAACAUGGCCGUUGGUCUCAGGAAUUUUUUAAUUAACUUGCAUCACACGUCAUUGUCGUCAUUAUCAAUCAAUGAACUACGGGGGUAACAAAACUAAGGCGCCAGAAGCGUCUUGCACCGUUGAUUCUCUAACCCGCAUUCUGUCCCGAAGUCAACAUUUAAAACAUUUUGGGAUGCCGUUCGCGUUUUGGAGAAUCAGUGACGGCAUCAAAGUCCUUGAUACAGUGUUGUCAGUGUCGAAGGGGUCCCUGCAAUCUCUAUUCGUCGAAGGCUUUUUCCAGUCGGACGCAAUUCACCCGCAAUCGGAUGAGUUUGACCGUGUUAAUAACGGCAUCCUUUCUCUCAACCGCUUGACGGAAUUGGGGAUCGACUAUGUUUUUCUUUCAGAUGCUUUUGUUAAUGCGAUGGCCCGCUCAUAUGCAAGACUCAAGAAACUAAAACUCUUCGACAACCACUAUCUCAUGUAUAGGGUGGAAAUUCAACAAAGUUCGUGGGUAAAAUUGACUCAGGCAUGUCCAGAAAUAAAAGUGGCACUGUACACGAACUCUGACAGUGACUGGAUAAUCACCAUGUUGGAUCCUGUCUUGCCUAUUUAUGACCUCCGGAUGAAUAUGAGUGUUCUCAGAUACUUUCGGCGAGGGUCAGUUGCAAGGUUGCUUGAACAUAUCAAGACCAACUUCAGUCACAGUCUGGUUGAGCUACAUAUGGUUGCCGGCAAAAAAGAAAAGAUCGACGGAGUAUUUUUACGACUGGUUCGCCAAUGUACACAUUUGGUUCACGUCAAUGUCUCAGCGAGAUUUACUAACCCGAAGAUUAAAAAGACGGUCUUGGAUAUCAUUCAAAAGAGAAGGCGUCAGCUUCAUCUCGAGAAGUUUCCAGAAACGUCCCACAAACGAAUGCGAAAAAACACGACCGACGGUGCAGUAUAGAUCAGCUGAAUGCGCCAUAGGAAGUGACGAAGUUCAUGGGUUGAGAAAAAGACGGUGGAUGGGACAAGAAUGAACAAACAUCCUUGUAAAAAGCACCAGUGACGUCACUUAGCAGUAGCAAAUGAGUCACUAGCAUCAAUGUAAUACGUUUAAACAAAUUGUAAAUUCAAUGUGAAAAAAAAUAUUUAACAAAUCCAUUCCA